GCCUAAAUAAGAUCAGCCUUCAAGCUGUGCUAUUGGUGUAUGCUUUAAACUGAUUACAAGAGUUGGAUAGUUUCUCCUAUCAUGCAAACAGGAGAGACCAAUAGACCUGCUUUGUAAAGCUUUGAAAGUCCUAGCUGUUAUAUGGCCCUGAUUCUUCCAAGGACUGCAUAAAGAUCUGACCUAAAGUGAGAUGGAGAGCGGACUGAAAUGAUGCAAAUAGGCUUUCACGGGCAAUGUGAACAUCAGAUAUAAAGCGAUGGACCAGCACGGUGAGGUGGACAACAAGGGACCACAAUAAGGGUGCAACGGCAGAGAAGGAAGAGCAGAUCCACCUGAGAAAAUGUUCCAGAUCCUCACAAUGUUGUUGCUAGAAACGCACCUCUCCAUGGUUUCAGCUUUAUUUACAGUUGAAGUUCCUCAACAGCAAUAUGUUGUGGAGUAUGGGACCAAUGUGACCAUGGAAUGCAGAUUCCCUGUGAACGGUUCAUUAAGCCUAGAGCUCCUGACUGUUGUUUGGCAGCAAAAAAGGCAGGGGCAGUCCAAAUCAAAGGAGGUUUACAUGCUCCGAAAUGGGAAGCCAUUCCUUCAAUCUCAACAUCAUGAUUAUAUAGGAAGAACAGCACUUCUGCACAGUGAACUGAAAUUAGGACGAGCUAUCCUUCAGAUCACCAGCGUGAAGGUCACAGAUGGAGGUUCAUACCUAUGUCUAAUUGAGUACCAAGGUGUGGACUACAAGUACGUGACUUUGGAGGUAAAAGCAUUCUACAGGAAAAUAAACACUCAAGUAAUAAGAAAACCAGCUGAAGACAAGUUUGUUUUUAUGUGCCAGUCAGAAGGCUUUCCUCUGGCAGAGGUUUUCUGGCAAAAUGAGGAGAAACUCAACCUCAGUGGAUCUGCAAAUACCACCUACACAGUGACCACAGAUGGCCUCUAUAAUGUCACUAGCUUACUGACAUUCAAACCAAGUAUGAGUGAGAACUACAGCUGUGUGUUCUGGAAUAAAGAACUGAAUGGAGAAACUUCAGCUCACAUUUCCACUUCAGCUUCAGUGAGUACACAGUAUAGCAGACAAAAAUCCCUGAUCUUAUUUGUCAUCCCCACAUGUGUGACAGUAGCUGUCCUUCUAUCUGUACUAAUAAUCUUUCAAAAGAGAAAAUCAUUCAAGAAUGGGCAACCCAAAAAAGACAGGAAAAGAAAAUUGAACCCUAACCUGGAAAAUGAGAAGAGAGAUGAUUUUAACUCUCAAACUGAGGCUUUAUACUUGUCAACUGUCACAACUUCAAGAGACAGUGAGAGUGUGGCUCUGUGAAAUCACUUCAUCUCACAUGCCAUCAUUUGCACUUAUUCUGGUUUUGGAGACUUCAGAGAAAAGCACUUUAGCUUUGGGAUAAACAGUGAGCUCACGGGGAUUUAUUGGCACUGCAGCAAUGGAAAGCUGUGCCUCUUUGCAUUCCGUAUCAUGAAGUUACUGAGAAUUACACUGUCAUGAAAUGUGGUUUACCAUCACAAUGAAAUUAUCUGAGUGCCUUUGGUACACUUUACUUUUGGACUUACUAUUACUCAAGGAAUUUUGAUUUAAAAAAAACCUUUAUUAACUGUUCUAGUCCCAGGAAUGGUGCUUGGGUCCAAAUAUCUUGUGGCAAUUUGAAUAAAAGCUGCAUAUGCUCUCUUAUGUCUAAACAGUCGUCUUUCAGGUGGAGACAUCAUUACAUGCCUGUAUCGCAUUUCCAAACUUUCCACCACAUUAAGGUGGAAAUUACCACAAUUACCACCAGCAGAACAAUGUAUGGAAUAUAUUUCACAUCACAAAAAUAACAAGAGGUUGAAAAGGACAAGGAAAAAAAAAAGGACAGACAAAAAAAAAGUCCCAACACCAACAGUAAAGCAACAUUAUGUCACAGAAGAGAAUUUUAAUGCACAGUCCAUCAGUAAAUCAGGUUAAAAAAUAUGAAAUAUGAUGCAAUGCCACAUUACAGUAAAAAAUUUUAGACUUGAACUGAUUACUCAACAGAAUUUUCUUUGGGAGGAAUUUUGGAAGUGAAAGCAAAAAUGAAUCUCAGCCAUUAUUUUUAAACAGUAAUUUUAAGUUUUAUCAGAGGAAAAGACGUCUUUUCUACACCAGGCACUUAUCUGUUUUACUUCCUGUUACUGGAAUGCCUAAAGAUGCCUCCUUCAACUCUGAAUACGCUGUGUCCUGGGUGUAGCUUUGACAGUGCCAGUUUUGAAAUAACACUUAACAGAAGAACAGUCUUGCGUCUUAGAUAGUCAUCAGAUAGGGAAGCGAAAGCACUGGAAAGGAUGUGCCAUAUUUAUUUUCAAAGAGCACUGGCUCUGGUGAGCUGUGUUUUCUCCUAAGAUAGAUAUAACAAGGUUGAAAAAAAGGUGUUCACAUAGAAACUACUUUUGUUAUUAUGUUGCUCUUGCAAAAGGGCUAUCUGUUUCACAAAAAAAAAGAUAAUCAGUAAUAUUAAGGUUUUCUUCAUAAUACUUGCUCUGGAUUUAGAUGGGGGCUUUCUCCAGGGUGAUGUUGCAACUAUUUAUUCCAGCAUGAAGUGGACCUACCGUACUGCUAUGAGACCAGAAAGACAGCACACAUCCCCUUUUCUUGUUUAACCAAGCUGAUUUUAAACAGCAGGGCUGCUGUUGAUUUUAUGCGUGGAAGAGAGAACUAUACCUCCCUCUGUCAACAACUCUACUUUAAUAUGUAUGUGUUGUACCUUUACAUACUCAAUUGUAUGAGUGCGUUGGAUUCAACUGAGACAAAUCCACACUAGACUGGCUAUGUCCUUGCUGACACGGCAAUUCAGGUAGACAUGAGAGAAUCAGAGGCAGCUUCUUGAAGCAUUGCUUAGCUUCAGAUGCAACAGCAGCUUGGGGACUGCUCUGGCUUGCACUGUCUCACAAUACUUAAAGGUCAUUGCACAAGGUCAAGCAAUUUAUCCCCAUGCUAGAUUUGUACUCCACUGGGAACUAUGGGCCCCUCCACCAGCCACAGUGAAAACCUAAUCCACUGUGUUCCUAAAGGACUUCAUUUUCAUGUCUCUAGUUCUUUUUUUCACUCUUAACCAUAAAAUGGAAGUAAUUAAACCUGAAUUUAUGUGGAUAAACAUGAAUCGUAUAUCACAGCCUUUGAAAUUAGAUUAUGGUGAUUAGCAUUGUUGCUUACUGAAAUGAAAGUCACCUUGACACUCUCUUAUGCUGCUGAGUAAAUGUUGCCUUGGCAUGGGCAGGGGAGAAAAGGUGCAGACAGUACUUUCUUCCCAUUUUACAGGAACUGCAAACACUACCUUGCUUUCUCUCUUAAUGGUCUGUACACUGAAAAGUUCCACCUGACAUCUCUGGGCAGAGGCCGCUUAGCUUGGCAGAACAAUCCUAUGCUCUAUCCACUCCAUUUCAUACGAAAGCAAAGAUAGUACUUUUUAUGAUAAUAACCAUGAGAAUCUACAGAAAUGUAUCUUGGUUUAUGAGCUUCUAUCUUUACCAGAUCUCACUGGAUACUUAUGAACUGAAAUGAAAAUAUAUCACAAUGAUUGUCACAUCUUCAUAUGUGGAAGUUAGCUUGUCAGCAGCUUGACCAGUCUAUUUGUGUCUAUGAAUUCAUGCAUGAGUUCUUUUUCACUGAAAACCAUUUGUCAUAUGAUGUGUGUGUGAUAUGAUGAGUCGCUGCUCUUUCUGCUUCAGCUACUGUUUUACACGCUGUUAUCUUGAAACAGCUGAAGUAGGAGUUUUCAGAUACAAAUAAACUGCAAAAUGUUUGAAAUGUUUGUGGGUUUUUUUGAAAUUUACAGUGAGUCAAAAGCCAAUAUUAUUAGACUACAAAAUAGAAAAUAUUAGAUGUUUUUAGAAGUAAUAUAAAGAUUAAUUUGUAGGGAUUGACUUUAAAACUUACACUCUCAGUUGGCAUUUUUGAGUGAUGUAGUGGACACCUCGCACAGGAAGCUUCCAUUACCUUUUCUGAUAUGUACCUUUUCUAUUCAUGUCCGUAUAUUCUUCCGAACCAGUAGAAUGUGAUGAGCAAAAGCAUGUUAGUGUAUAAGGUAUGGAUUCAGCUAAAGUUGGUGGAAUGUUUGUAUGAAAAUCUAUGAAUGUAUGGAUACGCAAAGAGUCUACUCACUGUUUUGGAGUCCUCAAAAUCACAGUUCAUUGAAUUUUAAUGAUAACCAUUUUUCACAAGCAAGAAUAAAAAAAUAUAGUUCUUAAGUAUUGAAUUUUUUUUUGUAUGGCUAAGGAACACUGAUUCUCCAGUCCUCUGAUCUGCUUUACUAUGAGUAAGACAUUUGCCAUUGCAGCACAGGAGCAACUGGCAAAUUGGGUGAUAAGUCACCCUGCUCAUUCCUCACCUCUGCUAUCUACAACAGAUUUUAAGGGCUCUCAGUAGCUUCCUCUGGGCUUUUCUACCACUGCAACACUUUUACUAUCUGCGAGUUGUGUCUUGUUCUGUGAGCACAGAGAAGAGUAAAUUUAGUUCUGUUUUGUGCUACGUUCACUUUCAUACUAGGAAACCGCUUAAACCCAGUCCGUUUACUUGAUUUCCAUUAGUACAGACAUGGCUGAAAUCGACAGUUAACAUCAAGAAUGUUAAUAUUUUUUGAAAAAGACUGAAGCGGAAGAGGGAUUUCUAGCAGCCAGUUGAAAUGAAAGUCUUACUAGACUUACAUCUGCAGAAACUACUAGUAGAUUCUAAACAUGGCUUACUGGGAGCAAUUGGAAAAACCUUUUAGAAUGAACAAACCCCAGUGUCUUUCUUAAGAAAUGGUGUAGUUAUCUUUUCUUACACAAUUUCUUUCUUCACCUUGCAACCAAACCUAGUAUCUUCCAACUUCACAACGCAGCAAAGGAGAAAGAUUUUACAAAGCAUCUCUAUACUGUAAUGAAUCCCUUACUUGAACAGACCUAACUUCAAAGUAGCCUUUUCCUUCUGUGGGUGUGUGGGUCAACUAAGUGACCUGCAUAAGUCCUUUCUAACCUAAAGUGACCUUUGACUGUGAAUAUGUUGUUCAAAUUAGCUUACAUAUUCUUUGUAAUUUCCCGACUUUUCUCACACUCUGAUGAAAAUGUGGCCUGUAUAGCCCUAGAUCAAUGACUGCAAUCUGGUUUGACAUGACAUCCUGGUUUUGUUCAGUAUGUCGUCAGGUGUUCCCUGAAAUACUAUUUUAUAGCUGACACAGGGUACUAUUUCAUCCAACUUCAAUAUGCAGCCAUAUGGCAAAAAGUAGCUGACACAGGUAAGCACACUGUGCAAACAUUGUUAAAAGCUGACUUUAAAGAACCAUUAAUUGAAUUUAGAUGUAUUUACUUUUGGCUUCUCUGUUUACUGCCCUUUUUUCUGCAGCUGAGGUUUGUUUACUCACAACCCUCUUUCUUUAAUGGGCUUUUCCAAGUGAGAAGUGAAAUGUCUUUUUGUGCGAAGUCUGUGUUAGAAACCACUUUAUGAAAGGAAAUAAAACAAACAAUACCCAAGAUAAAUUUGAAGAUUAGGUUUAAGUGCAUUCCUUACACACAUGUAUUUUUCAAGCAGUGGGGCAAGAUGAUUACAUGAGUAUCGGCUGGUGAAGACAGGGCUAUCUGUGGUGAGGUGGGCAAUCUAUCUAGUCAGAAAUUCAGAGUUCUAAUUGCAGUGGAAGUGUUGCCAGCCAGAAGAUUGCUGUGGUACUGGAUGACUCCAUUUGUGAAAGAAAUUAAC